GGAGGCCGGAGCAGGACGCCACGAGGCGAGGCACCAACCGUUUCCUCCGCGCCGCCGCCUAUAACGACCACUUCACGUGGCCGGUCUUUCUCCGCCCGCCCUUGACCGGAACGAAUCGACAUGGAGGGCAAGAAGUCGCCGCCCGCCCCUGCCCCUGCCGCUGCCGGAGCCGGAGCCGUGCCACCGCCGGCCGACGGAUACUUCAGCUCCGUCUUCUCCGCGUCGCCUGCGGGGAAUGCAAAAGAGGCGAAGCAGACCGACUUGUACGCGAUGCUGAACAAGCAGAGCUCCAGAGGGCAGAAUGGCGGUGGCAUCACAGGUAAUGGCAAAUCCCAAGGCCGCACUAGCACUACAUAUAAGGAUGCAAAACAUGUUUAUCCAGAUGAGUCAUCAGAAUCCCUUUAUUUUGGCUCAUCUGUGCAUUACGGUGGUCGGGAAUUAUACGGCAGCUCUCCACAAAAGCAGCCGAAUGAACCCCCGAGAAAUUAUAAGGAGGACAAUCCGGAUGGCUCUCUUGCUACUAGAGGUGAUUGGUGGCAAGGUUCACUUUAUUACUGAAUAAUCUACCGAGGAGUCUCCUUUUGUGAACAAGGAAUAAAAGAAGUGGAGCCGAGCUCGGUUUGCUGUAGUGUUGUGUUGAUUGAUAUGAACCAUCAGGUACCGGAAAUCAUAGUUUGAAGUUGCAACCACAUCCGUUCUGUCGGUGGAGGCAGUAUUUAGAUGCAUCAUCUCACCUGGACAGACGUAGGCGGGGUCUUUUCCGUUUCCUUUUCCCCCUUUGUUUUCCUGUGAUUUAGGAGCAGCACUAGUGGACUGGUAGGGCAACAAGAAUUAGUUUCAUAAACAGUUGCUAAAGAGCCGCGACCCACAAGGUCACCUGAUAUAUGUACGAUUGUACCGUGUGUAUGUGUUCCUGCUAUGCAUGUUUCGCAAAGAUUUGGAUUGUGCA